CAACUCAUGAAUAAUGUCACAAGCAAUUAUUGUUUAUGCGUAACAAGUAAUUAGUAUUUGUGUAGCUCGGAUGAGUUAUUGGAGUUAAAGACUUAUAUUAAAUUUUGAACAUUUCAUUUGCUGUAAACUGAAGUUUUUACAAGGCAGCUGCAAUCUAGUUAUUCAACCGGAAUUAAAUUACUGUGAUACUGUUUGACGUAAGAUUAAAUUAGUUUUGUGGACAGUGAAAUAGUAGAAACUCUAAAACCUAUGUAUGUGAUUGAUAGUUGAUAAUACCUGUUACGUAUUUUUGUUUUAAAAUGUAGGUAGGUAUUAUGCUGUCAAAGUUUUAGGUACAUCAUUUAGUUAUUUACGUCAGAUUACGAUAUAUCAAUAAUAAUGGGAUCAAGGACUUUGCAUAGUCUUCUGAGACUUACUAAGAGAAACUUUAUGUAUGGAACUAUCGACUUCGGUAGAAAUUCGAGGACGUACAUGUUCGGAGUCAGGAAAAAUGUUCAAUAUUCGCCUGAUAAACUAAGAACUUUUCGAUACUCCACUGAUUGCCCGCCAAAAUGUUGGCAAUGUAAUUUUCCAUAUAAGUCGGAGUUAUUCUGUUCGAAGUGUAAAGCGCUACAAGAUCCACCAGAAAAGAUGAAUUAUUUUCAACUGAUAGGUGUUAAAGAAGAUUACAAUAUUGAAAUCGCAGAACUUCAGAAGAAAUAUAGGCAGUUGCAAAAUAUACUGCAUCCCGAUAGAUUUGGGAAUAAAACGGAGAAAGAGAAACAGAUUUCAGAAAAUUUAUCAUCCUUGAUAAAUAAAGCUUAUAAUACGUUAUUAAAUCCAGUGGAUAGAGGGUUGUACAUCUUGCAGCAGUACGAAUCGUCAAUCCCUGAAGGGACAACAAACCUAGAUUCAGAAUUUCUUAUGGAAAUUAUGGAGAAAAAUGAGGAAAUUGAAGCAGUUUCAAAUGACAAAGAAAAAGUAUUUAAGCUUCUAGAGGAAAAUAGAAUUACGUUGGAUGUUCUAACAAGAGAUGUGUCGGAUGCAUUCCGUAAUAAAAAUAUUAAACUAGCAAAGGAAGCGCUUACAAAAAUGAAAUACUAUUCAAGCAUAAACUUGAGAUUAAAACAAUUGAAGCAAGACUUAGGUAUAGUAGAAUAAAAUAUGUAUUUAUCCAUUAAUAGGAAAUAUUUAUGAAUAUAGUAAAUAAAAAAGAUGUACAUAUGUUCUAAAUAGCUAUAUACGUAAAUAUAUAUAAAUUUAUAUUUUCUGGCUGGGAAUUUACAAUUUAUGUAGAUGAAUACAUAUUCUUCAAAAUAAAAAGUAUUUAUUUA